GAAAAAGAAAAGGAAAAGGAAAAGGAAAAAGAAAAAGAAAAAGAAAAAGAAAAAGAAAAAGAAAAAAGUGAGAAUUAAACUGGUCAUCUUUAACUGGUGGAAAAAAAUGGGAGAAGGAAUGUAAGGGCAACCUGAAAAGGCUUCAGAGAACACCAGUGUGAAGGAAUACUCGGGCAUGUGGAGUUCAAAAGUUGCUCCUAAACUGUGGACCCAGGCUGAGAAAACUUGGGGCACAUAAAGUACAAAAGUCACUCCUGUGGACCAAGGUACAUCAGCAGCCAACAAUUGCUCCACAGAAUUCCACUGCCCAGUUCUAGCAACAUCAUAGGAGUGCUGAUUUGCUGCAAGGCCUUGAGGACUCCCCGGGUUUACUACAUCUACUAUGAUUUUUGUGCUACUACAUUUCCCACUGGUAUCACAUAGCAAAUAAAUGGAAACAAGGACACUGAGUGGAUAGCUGAGGCACAAAAGACAACCAGAUUGCUAGACAGAGGUAUAUUAAAGAGCAAACAAGAGGGAACAUCAGACAGAAAUCAUGGGUGCUUUCCUCCCUUGGUACACCUUCACUGCUGUCAUUCUCCUGGCUAUUCAUGGAGGUUUGUGUGUGGAUAUCAUUGGAGGAAGUGAAGUAGCGCCACACUCGAGACCAUUCAUGGCCCAAAUCAAGGGACGAAGAGGAAUUAUUUGUGGAGGAGCUUUAAUUAAGGAAAACUGGGUGUUAACAGCUGCACACUGUAAAACGAAAAAAAGCAAAGUUAUUCUUGGAGCCCAUUCAUCAAAAAAAAGAGAAAAAGAACAGCAAGCUUUUCAGAUUGCAAAACAUAUUCCUCAUCCAUGCUACGACCCAAGUACCAAGGAAAAUGACAUUAUGCUGCUUCAGCUUCAGGGAAGAGCAAAACUUAAUAAAGCUGUGCAAACAAUCCCCCUGCCAUCUUCAGAUUAUGAUCCUAAACCAGGAACAGUUUGCACAGUAGCAGGAUGGGGUAUGACUACAAGUCCUUUGAGAAAUCGUCCAGGCGAGCUCCCUUCUGCCCUGAUGGAAGUCAAUGUCACUGUCAUCAGGAGGGAAAUAUGCAACGAUGAAAAGCAUUAUAAUGGCAAACCUGUCAUAACAAAGAACAUGAUAUGUGCAGGAGCUAAGAAUAAGGAUUCAUGUCGUGGGGACUCUGGUGGACCUUUAAGAUGUAAUAAUAUUAUGAGAGGCAUCACUUCAUUUGGGAAGAAGGAAUGUGGCAAUGCUGAUGGCCCUGGUGUCUACACUCGACUCACAAAGCAACACCUUAAGUGGAUAAGGAAAACCAUAGGGGGGGCCUAGCAGAUUGGGUUUGGCCGCAUGGUUUGUGUAAAUGAAAUGGGCUUUUAAAAACAGCUUCAGUAGUCUGGUAAAAGAGGUAUUCUCACACUGAGUUUCAGCAGCUUGAUGUAGUUCUGCUACAAUGGCAUUUAUAGCUUACACUGUCAACCAUGGAGUCAUUGGGGGUAUUUGGGGCUGAGGAUUCCAACAUCCCUGUAGUGCAUGUUCUUUCACACUGAGCUCUACACGGACUGGUACUUCAAAUCAAGAAUCUAAUCCUUGUUUGGGUCCUCACUCCUUAUUAAGUAUAUAUAGCACUCUUUUGUACCUGGACUUCUGAAAAUCAGUGGUGUGCUAUGUACAAGUACAGACACCUAAAAACUUUGUUUCUCUGCAGCAAAGCUCUUGGUUUUAUAGAUGUAGUGGAUUGCAAAGCUUCAGAAAAUUUAAUUGCAGCAAUUGUGGGGCAUAGGUAUUAAUUUUCUAACUGUCUUGUAUUUGAAACCUCUAGAUUUUAUCCCUUUAUGUACUUUGCAUUUAAUAAAGCAAUGGCAAUAAAGAUCUGCUGCUUUCAGCUGUCAA